UAAGGAAAACAAAGCGAUCGGUGAGAGCCGUUCGCCGCGCUAAGCAAAAUAUCUUGCGCAUUAAUUUUUGAAGGGGUUAUAGGCUGGCCAAGUGUUGACGCUGCUUACUUUUGCAGAACUCACUUGUGCGGGCCUCCCUAAACCCUACAAAUCAUAAUACCAAAACUUACCCUAACUCUUCGUAUUUUAAUUUAAUUUACUGUGUAGUUUGAAAGUGCCCUCCCGCGAAAUAAAUAGGACUAAAGUAGAUCAAUAGAAAACCCUAAAAUGCCACCAUUGGAGUCUCUAGAGCAUGAAUUUCCGAUUAUUGAUACUGAUUUCCGUCAGUUUUGUGCUUCUCAUAGUCUUUUCUCAGUUGAGGAUUUCCUUGUCCAUGAUAUUACUGUAUUAGUUCGAGUUGCCGAACACCAGUCGGAUUCUAACAAGUUGAAGCAGGGCAUUAGCCAAAUCCUCUCUAUUAUAGAUAGUCAGCAUCAGCCAUGGGUCAAUGGUGUGGAGUUGUUAAAAGAUGCUCGGCAGAAUAAGCAUGUCCUGUCUACGGGAUGUGAAGGGCUUGACUUAGUUCUUCAUGGUGGAUUGCGGAAGGGUCAGUUGACAGAACUUGUUGGUCCAUCAUGCUCGGGUAAAACACAAGUCUGCCUACAAGCUGCUUCAAAUGUGGCGUACAAGUACGUGAGUUCUGUUAUGUUUUUAGAUACGAGUAACUCGUUUUCCGCCAAACGUGUUUCUUGCUUCAUCGAUCAUCUGUUGGGUCCAUCUCCUGCACAGGUCAAACGUGAAAGCCUUGAAAGAUUAAUGAACAGCAUAUUAUGCCACUCUGUGUUUGACAUUUUUGGGCUGUUGGGCUUACUGCAUGAGCUAGAAUUGAAGUUGAAAUCUCAGGGAACUGGAGAAGGCAAUGUACGAUUGCUGAUCAUUGAUUCAAUUUCAUCCCUCAUAACACCAAUACUUGGAGGCUGCGGUGCUCAGGGACAUUCUUUGAUGAUCUAUGCUGGGUAUCUCUUAAAGAAGUUAGCACACAAGUAUGAUAUUGCUGUGUUGGUGACGAAUCACAUGGUGGGUGGAGGAGACAGAGGUGUACCUAAGCCUGCUCUUGGAGAGAGUUGGAAGAGUGUUUCACAUGUGCGUUUACUACUUUCUCGUGAUCGUGUGAGCAACACAUGCAGCAUCCUCAUACUAAAGCACCCAGCCAUGGCUUUAGGUCAGGUUGGGAAACUUUCGAUUCACAAUUGAUCAUAGUGGGUGUUGGAUCAUGACUCUUCUUCAUGAAGAAUUUAUUCUGAAAAUAUCUGUGCACAAGAAAAAGAAAAGAAGGAAUCCUAUUUGUUUGGAUGCUCAUACGUUUUUUUUUUCUUUUGGCUUUUGUGGUAAGGGGGACUACUCUCUUUCUCUGUGUUCAUUAUGGGAAAUUUGUUAUAAGCGGAAGUUGAUGAAAAGACAAAUCGUCGUAUCCUUAGAACAUGACAACGGCAUUUUGUGUUUGUAUGCACAAGAUUGCAAUUAAAGAGGGUCUCUGUUACCAAAUUAUUGAAGGCUUUUUAUAUAUACAUUCUCUUUUCCUAUAUUUAUUUUCAGUAUCAAACUUCCUCUUCUCCUUGUCUUCUCUCUAUUGAUAUUGAAUUUUCUUUUGAUAUCAUUUGUGAUUGAGAUUCCUAUCUAUAAUCUACAAGAAUACAAGUGGGUGUUAGAGAUUUAAACGGCAGAUUUUACGAGCUUAGCUGGCAGUCAUAUCAGGUUUUUGAUGAUGAUAUUUUAGAUAGACAAUUUAAUCUUUCUUCUUCUUUCCUUUUUUAUUUUUAUUUUUCUUGGAAAGAUUCCAUGCUAUUUUUCUUUUAUGAAUAUUACUGUUAAGAUUGUCCUC